AUGGAUGAAACUCUUCUAUGUUGUGAUGGUUCUUCAAGGGGGAAUCCAGGCCAGGCUGGUUAUGGAUUUGUGGUCAGAAUCCAUACAGGUGUCUUUGUAUAUGCUGAAUCUGGUGGUUUGGGUAUUCUUUCAAACUUCAUUGCUAAGUUCAUUGCAUGCGUUAGUGCUAUGGAAUGGGCCAUAAAUAAUCAGAGAUAUAAGGUGAUAUUGCAGACUGAUUCUAAAGCUUGUGUUGUUGCUUUGAUGAACAAUAAGAUCCCCUGGUUUCUGGUUGCAAGAUGCAGAGAGUUAUUGCAGGUCUUCAUUCUAUUUGUUAUAGACAAGUUUAUAGAGAAGUGA